UUUAAUUGUAGUUUGGGGAAAAGGGGAGAGAUACAGACAUACAGUAGAGGACGAUGAUGGGGAAUGGGAGAGAGUCGUCGGAGAGUGGGGGAGAGAUCGAAGAGAGAUUGAUAAACGAGGAGUACAAGAUAUGGAAAAAGAAUACUCCGUUUCUCUACGAUCUCGUCAUUACUCAUGCUCUCGAAUGGCCUUCUCUCACUGUCGAGUGGCUCCCCGAUCGACAAGAACAACCCGGAACGGAUUACUCCGUUCAGAAGAUGAUUUUGGGCACUCAUACUUCUCAAGACGAACCCAAUUAUCUCAUUGUGGCGCAGCUUCAGCUCCCUCUUGAAGAUGCCGAGAAUGAUGCCCGGCAUUAUGCUGAUGAUGACCGCUCCAAUCUCGGUGGUUUCGGUGCCGCCAACGCCAAGGUCCAAAUCAUUCAGCAAAUACAUCACGAUGGAGAGGUUAACAGGGCACGCUAUAUGCCGCAGAAUCCCUUUAUUAUUGCCACCAAGACGGUGAGUGCCGAAGUAUACCUCUUUGAUUACAGCAAGCAUCCUUCCAAGCCUCCUGCGGAUGGUGAAUGUAAUCCAGAUUUGAGGUUACGGGGCCACAGCACAGAAGGAUACGGCUUGUCCUGGAGUCAAUUCAAACAGGGCCACCUUUUAAGUGGUUCCGAUGAUUCUCAGAUAUGCCUCUGGGAUGUCAAUGCUACGCCUAAAAAUAAGGCUCUGGAUGCCAUGCAAAUUUUUAAGAUCCAUGAAGGAGUUGUCGAAGAUGUAGCAUGGCAUCUGCGGCAUGAAUAUUUAUUCGGGUCUGUUGGGGAUGAUCAAUAUCUGCAUAUAUGGGAUCUCCGAACUCCUUCAGUGACGAAGCCUAUUCAGUCGGUAGUUGCUCAUCAAAGUGAGGUUAAUUGUUUAUCUUUUAACCCUUUCAAUGAAUGGGUUCUGGCCACGGGCUCUACUGAUAAGACAGUGAAGCUGUUUGAUCUUCGCAAGCUCUCCAAUGCUCUUCAUACCUUUGAUUCUCACAAAGAAGAGGUUUUCCAAGUUGGGUGGAGUCCAAAGAAUGAAACAAUAUUAGCUUCUUGUUGUCUGGGUAGGAGGCUGAUGGUGUGGGAUCUUAGCAGAAUUGAUGAAGCACAAACACCAGAGGAUGCUGAAGAUGGCCCACCAGAGCUUCUGUUUAUACACGGUGGUCACACAAGCAAAAUUUCAGACUUUUCAUGGAACCCGUGUGAACCGUGGGUGAUUGCUAGUGUCGCCGAAGACAACAUACUUCAAAUAUGGCAGAUGGCAGAGAACAUCUACCAUGAUGAAGAUGAUCUACCUGGUGAAGAUUUGGCAAAAGCUUCUGCUGGCUAAAGUUACCCCCAUUUAGAUAGCUCUGAAACCUGAGGAUAUGAUAUUAGGCCAAAACCAUGGUUUUAACUUUCUUAGUAGUGAUUUGUAUUAAUCAAAAUUGUGUCAUCAAGAUAUCUGCUAGUUUGCUGUGUUGUACUAGUGCAGUACUUGGUGGUAUCUGCUAGUUUGCUGUGUUGUAGUAAGGUUCUGGUAUCGAAUAUUAGUUAAGUAGUGAUUUGCAUAUA